UUAAAAGCAUCAUUUUGGCUGAGUUCUCUCCUCUUUCGUGAUUCCUACGGUUUAAAAUGUCUGCACCUGUGCACAGGACCCCCACAGAAAACACCUGAGUAGGAGCGGAGGCCCCGUUCCAAGCCUGUAGGAGCGUGAGGAUCCCGUUGGCGGUUGACAUGUCAGGUCCGCGACCAGUCUUUGAAACAACAGCUGCCUGCUGACAGCGCACUAUGUCCAGGAGGUUGGUCUCCAGCCAUUCCCUAAACAAGAGAAGAAGAAGAUCGGCUGUUUUGUAAGUCAUGUUUGACACCACUUUAGUGGACUGUGUUGGGUAAAGUAAUUAGUUAUAGUUCCUUAUACUUUCCCAAAAAAGUAAUUGAAUUAGUAAUCCUUCAUAAAUGGCAUUUGUUACCAGGGAAAGUUAUUAUUAUUUUAAAAAAUAUAUGUAAUAAGCAUAUUUUUUGACUAAUGAUAGACCGUAUUCAACCACCAAACAGGGAUGAUUUAUGAAUAUAUUUUUGAAAAACCGUGACAAGAGUGAAGCAGUGAAAUUCAAAGCGCAAAGUUGCGAGGGGUUACAGGGCGUGGAGAAAGGGUGAGUUGUAAAAUGAAUCUUGGAUAAUGUUUGGUCUUUUCUUGAUUGAUGAUUUAAUCCUGGACACGAAAACCUGACAGGAAUAUAAUGGUUUUAUUGAGUAGUUUCUGUAGGAUAACAUUGUUUUAUUAACCUGUUAGCGGAGCGAGUAAAUAUUUAUUACAAGUAGAUUAUAGAAAUACCGUUUUGUUAACUUGUUAGCUGAAUAGACGAACAUUUAUUUCAGUAGGAUGCAGAAACACAAAAAGAUUACGUACAAUCACAUAGUCAGCGGUCUAAUAUGGUCACAUAAUGGAGUAACUAGGCCAAAGAUAUGAUGUGCUGUGCUGGGCGUGCGUGUUCUAUUUUGUACAGAAAAAGAUGCUGAUGUGAGACUACCACGUGAGCAAAAACACGACUCUCAGCUGUUACUGCCACACACGCACUCACAAGGACAUAUUUACAAUACAUUUUCUUAACCCUCUUGUAAGGAUAAGAAAGCCACCCCCACACAUUUUUUUAUUGUAAAGUUUACGGUUGUUGCGUUGUUAAAAUAUGUAGCCUACUGUUCCUCAAACCCCUGCACGCAAAUAACUAAUGGGAUGAAAUGGCACUAUUUCGCCACAAGGGGCGAGUGUCUCGCCAAUGUGCCGUCGCUUCAGCGGCGAAGAAGUACAUCCUGAGCUGGAGUAUCACGUUAGACAAGAACAAGUGUGUGUCGAAAUGCCAAAAGGCUAAUGUGCUAUUUCUGUUGUUACAGGUGACAGUUAAAGGUACAUGAUAUAUCUGAGUAGCAUCAGUGAUGUAAGUGUGUGAAUGCUGGCCGUUUAUCCACACGUUUGUAUGUGCAAUGAAAAGUAAUUACACCUCGUGAAUGUAGGUAAGCUAAGCUAACGGAUGUGGACGAGGGUGACGUAAUGCUGACCGGAUAUGGCGCCUCGGUAUCAUAAUUGAUAAUUAAGUGUGCUUAUUACUGUGAAACAGUCGUUUUGUCGCAAUGUGGAGAUACAGUGCUAUUUUAUAUGAUAUAUGUUGGAGUUAUACUGGAAUAAGUGUAAUAAGAAGAACAUCCUGUGCUGGAGUAUCACAUGUUGGACAAGAACAAGUGUGGGAUGAAAUGCCAAAAGGCUAAUGUGCUAUUUCUGUUGUAACAGAUUCACUUGUUAAAGAGCAAACAACCAGUACACAUCUCCUUUAUUAGUCAUGUGUGCAACACGCUGCUGGUGUCUAAGUCUUAUUCCUUCUCAUAAUUGGAGAUGAACGAACACGUAAGGGGAGCUGAAGUGUAUUUAACAAAAUGGUCCUUGAGACCUCUUAUCAGGUUGCGGAGAAUUUCAUCUCCAACAGCUCUGAUACGAGCUGUAAUUGCAUCCUGUAAAAUGGUUUGCGGCGGAAUAUGCACGCAAUUUGUGCUGCACAGAUAAAAUUGACAAAGUGCAGGAACUUUGGAAAGCCAAUAAGAAUAUGUACCUUUUGUGUCCGCUGUCAUCACACGCGUUAUUUAGCGCGGGGAGCGCCUUCAACGCCUUCUGUCUUGUUUUUGUUGAUGAAGUUUAUGGGGCCAAAUGACUCCGUGUGAAUAAAACAUGAAGUUAAUUAUGUAUUGAUUUCUUAAAACCAUGUGGUGUCCAAUCAUCACGAUGGUUAUCGUGGACAUGAAUGCUUAGCAAGCGUAAUUUGGGCGAAUUUGCUAUGGUUUUUCAUGAACUUCACAUCGUGCAGUUAAUCUUUUGACAUGUUUUUCAUGACGUGGCGGUCACUGAACACUGCAAUUUAAUAAGCUUAAGUCUUGCGUGCACCUCAACUUUAUAUGUUGACUCCCUCGUCAGGUUUUCAGUCUGCGGGUGCGAAGAACGUGUCGUGUUGAGUGCAUAGCAAGGCGCCACGUUUCGCUGUCGGUAACGUUAUUUACUCUGUGUGCGUAUCACACUGCAUUUUUUGUACACUUCCACAAUGACACAACCUAAAGUAGAUGUGAUUAUGGCUCUUAAUUGAUGAUGCAGUUAUUGUGCAUGUGCGCAUUUCGAUCUGCUUACUGACUUGUCGUAGAUGAUCUCAAGGACGGGCUGGAAAAAGAAAGGUGGUCCUUUGAUUGCGCCAUCAUAGUUAAAGACUUUUGCCCUCUGCAGGUCAACGUAGACGCUCUCUCCAACAUCUCCCCACACAAUGACGUCUGUCACUUCUAAAGCAGAGCAUGACGGAGAUGUUGCAUAAAAAGCCGUGACGCGAAUACGUCACUGCGACCAACGAGCGCGAGCUACCUGAAGUCCUUACUCUGAGCUUGUUCGCAAUGGCAGCUCUGGCUUCAUUCUCCAGCUGGGUUGCCACGGCAACAAAGUGGCGCUUGUCAGUGGCGCAUGCUUUCAGGAGAAAUGAGCACCUGAGGUUCACAAGCGAGCCACCGGACACGAUCACCUUCGCCCCCACGUUGGCCCUCGCCUCAAUCAGCCGCCCGUAUUCGGUGUACAAGUCCGCUGUCGCUUUUACCGUCCGGCGUUCCUCCUCAUCCUUGGCGCGCAUCCCGUUAGACCAGCCGUCAUCCAGCAGGAGGAUGAAGUCUGCUUCGUGGAAUGCCUCUUUGAGAUCUGUGUGAACAGUCACCUGUCCGUGCACGAAGCCACGUGGUUGGUUGUGGUGGAGAAGUGAUCAAAGGUAACAAAUAUGCAAGGCCGCCCCUGGCCAAAUUGGGGCGCUCAGCAAAAAAUUAUUUUUUGGAGCAAAAUAACAAAUGACCAAACCUACACCUGAUGCUGUAAUAUGUAGCAGCUGUACCAUUACACUACCACAGGGGAAUGGGUGAAUUCUUCUAUUUUAUUCUCCUAUUCUGCUUCGUGCUGGCACGGUGGCAUAGAGGGCCGUGCUGGGUGCUCUAUGCCAGCGAUGCAUAUCCUUUGCGAGAUUUGCAGAGAAAGCGCCUCCUUGCACAAAAUGAGGACGCAGAUGGAUCGCGUGGCCCCAAUCACAGUGCGUGUUCCGCAUGUAGAGAGGGGCAGCCCUGCAAAGAUAAAAGUAAAACAAAUUUUGUACCUUAUGGAGUAGAUGGAGAGCCAGAUCUUCCGUCUCCAUCUUCACCGACUGCAGUUCCUCCUCGCUGCCUUCCAGGUCCAGGAGAUGGAGACUGAUGGUAGAAGCUUGGGGCAACACCUCCGCAGAGAGCAAACUGGGGAUCAGCAUGUUGCAUGUGGGGUUCAGGGCACUGGGAAAGUACAAAUCGGAGUAAGCAACUAUUCCACCAAGUAUCUCCUUUUUUUUUAGUCUCGCUCACCUGCUGAUCCAUACGUGAAGGGGAUGGAUGAGACCGGCACGAUGCUGCUCCUCCGUAAUCAGGUUGAGCUUGGUGACGAGGUUUUCUGCCGCAAUGCUCCGCAUCAUUUCUUCGGACAUGUCUGAUGUGAUGCUGUAGUAGUUCUACACAACAAAUUAAAAAACAGAUCACCAUCAGAAAUAAAUGCUCCACGGCGCCAUUAAAGUAGCUAAAUAGGAGGCCAACCUGACAGUGCUCUAAAAAGUCACCGAAGCCCCCUAAAUACACCCCUUUGCCACCUUGGUGCACCAGCUCUCUCCAAACCAGGGGAGACUCUUCGUGGUUCCAGCCAUUCCUGGUGCAUGUGUCCUCCAGCCAGUCCUGUCAGAGGGCGGGCAGGUGGCCAUGAGGGGUCCAGUACACAACGUUCUCAAUCGAAAACCCACAACUUUACCUUCUCUUACAGAUGGGCAAUACUGCCUUUUUUGGGGGGUAUCCAUCCAAUAGUAAGUAAAUUCAUCGUCGAUAUCAAUACUUGAAAAUUUUCAAAAUCCUUGAAUGAGUUUGUAAUUUUUUUCUUUCUUUUGUUGAUUGUGAUCCUGUUAGGCCUUGUAUUUAGGCACGUGGUAUCAGAUUGAUAACAAAAUAUGCGGUCUUGUCAAACCCCAGUAAUGAUAUAUAUACACAACAAUAUCAACAAUGUAGCAAUAUCGAAGUCAACUGAAAACUGAUACCAGUCUUUACAUGGAUACAGUCGACAUUUGGAUGGAUCCGCCCACCCCUACCUUCCAUUCGUCCGGCAGGAUUGAGAUCUUGUGAAUGUUGAAGUUCGGCAAAGAAUUCUGUAAUCUGUCCGCCAAAAGCUCCGCUUUGGCAUAGUAAGGGCAGUCUGUUUUACCUGCCGAGAGGAAAAAAAGAUGCGGUUUCGAUAUAAUGCUUGUCGUGUAAAGUUGAACAAUCAACUUACCUGCUAGCACAAACUUUGCCAUUUUAUUAACUGAGUCAAGUCUCAAGCCUUCCACGACUUAAUGUACUCUCGACAUAAUGGAAAUAAUACGCAUGUGAACGUCCAAACGCUCACGCUGAUGUUUGGGCUUUGAGGUGACGGUUGCUAGGUAACCAUAAGCAAGACCGGAAGAAACAAGCACCUGACGUAAGCGCUGUCCUUUAGAACAUGAAAUAAUUUGUUGAAAUACUAAACGGAUAUAAAGCUGAAAUAGAUAUUUUGAAAUGUAUGCUGGGAACAGUACGCCUUGACAUAGACAUGUUGAUUUUUUUUAAGAAGGACAUGACUCCGUAAAACAACAUACGCGUCCCCACUCCUCGCCAGAAGGGGCAGUAAUGCACCAGUCGUUAUUUGUCAACCGAUCGCCAAUGCACGAAGAAGUGUGUACUUCUCAUGUGCUAUGCUAGCGGUAACGUUAUGACAACUACAACUAUGCAAACAUCAUUGGCUCGUUGUUUUAUCACUGGAGCGGCAUCGUUUGCUGAUAAUACAACGCGUAUUGCUUUUAGACACGGAUUCGAGUAGCAGGGUAGGUAGUUAUAUAUUAUAAUAACCCAUAUAAUAGCAAUCAUGCUUGUACACUGAGUAGAGAGGGCUUGUUGACCUUGCUAUUCUAUUGGAGCAAAUAGAAAUAGACAGUACUAUACUCUGGAAGUGUUUCACUGAUAUUGGAAAUUUAACAGCAAGUGUAGUCGCGACUUUUAUGUUGAAUUAACUAGUAAGGCUACAUAUAGGGUAAACCAUCAUUAGUCCAAGUGUUGUGAGUGACACGAGGAGUCAUGAGGCGCUCCCUUCACUACUGCAUCUCGCAAUGGAAACAAUACAGUCUGGUUUCAGCUUCAGCCAAGAACUCCUCUUUGUGGAAUCUCCAGUUGGUACACACUCACGGCACAAGGCAAACUCAAACACGAAUGGUUGCAAGUUUAAACAGUGCAGAGAGGUUCCACUCACAGGGUUGCAGUUUGGGACCCGAGAAGAAGGAGCAUCUCGCUAAUCCAUUGGUGGGUGCCCCAGCUCCAAAUGAGCUCCAGUCCCAUGCAAGCCAGACACACAGGAGUUCCCUUUUCCUCGAGCACCUGCAACACUGCGGAUCCCCGUCGGAUGUGCUUGACCUCACCUGCGAGUACACACCUCGACAAGUCAGCAACUGCUUAAUGCAGAUGUGGGCCAGCAUAAAGAAGAUGUCCGAUGAGAAGCGGCGUUGUGAGCUGCAGCUGAUGUUUGAACAUCCCGCAUUUGAGAUGCUGCUGCAAAACGCCAUGAUGAACGUGGGCUCUAUACGAAAUGACAGCAUGGCUUACUCUCUGCUGGCUAUGGUGAAUCUGGGGGUUCCCCAACGUAGCCGCGUGGUCCACGUGUAUCUCCGCACAUGCCAGGAGAAGUUAAAUGACUUUGACGAGAAAAGUCUGUCAAUUUUGUCCUCCGUUCUGGAAGUCAUGGAGAGCAGUCCCAACGUUGAUGCACUGAAACACGGCUUGAGGAUGGUCAUUGCGACCCGUCUUCCCCAGAUAACAAACGUUGUGGCACUCCAGACAGCGAUGCGUCUCUUGGGUAAAGAUACGUCGCUGGACCUCAAACGAAAACUGGAGCAAAAAGCCUUAUCGAUGACGGACCAAUUCAGCCCCCCCAACACACAGUACAUGAUCUCCACCAUGGCCAAGAUGGGCUUCUAUUCCAAACCCCUCCUGCAAAUCUGCAGUGAGAAAAUUGCAGACAGCCUCCAUGGAGUCCCGCUUAACAGACUGCUAACAGUGCUGCAGUCGUUUCGGGAGCUGCGCUAUAGAGAUCGUGCCCUGUUUACGUCCAUCUCCGACUACAUCGCCUCCACAGUAGACAUAUGGUCCCAAAAGGAGGUCAUCCUCUUCCUGUCCGUGUUUGAGAGCCUCGCCUUUUGUCCCGCAGCCUUAAUGGCAGCAUUUGCUGAGAAAGUCAUCACCAACCCGGACGCUCUGACGCUUAAAGACCUUCUCUGUGUCCUCAAGGUGUACUCCUCUCUUAACUGUGACCUGCAGCAAAACAGAGAGCAGUUCCUGCAAAGUGUCAGCCAGGCUGUGGACGCCUACCUGCCCAAGAUGUCUGCUUAUGACUUGUUAAAGACUUGCUAUUAUCUCUGCCUUCUUGGCCACUUCCCAUCUGCACCACUGGAGAAACUUCUGCAGGGCAGCACACUGGAAGUCCUGAGAAGCAGAGAGAAGCAGCACAGGAGACAGGAACACAUGUUUCAGACGGUGCACCUGUGCCUCCACCUGGACCAGCCUGUCCUGCCUCGGCCACUGAGUGUCCCACCACCUAUGUUGGGAGACGUGCCGGCCAACGAUCCACCAGUCAAACUCUUGCAGCUCCUGCCGCAGGUGUUAGGUGACCGAGCAGAUGUAGCGCUACAAGAAAUGGUGGUGGCGGAGAACCUCUACUUCAUAGAUGCUGUGAUCAGCAAACCUGUGGCAAACCAAAGUGAGGAAGCGUGUUCACAAGCAGAGCAAACAGAAAGAAUUGCAGUGCUGUGCCCGGCUCCGUCUGCUUUCUGCUUCGGUACAUCUACACCUCGCGGCCCGCUGGCUGUCAAACUUCGCCAUCUGAAGGUUUUAGGAUAUUUUCCUAUUUUGAUAACAGAACAGGAGUUGAAGUCGGAGGAGGAGGCAGCAGAGCUUCUCAGGGCACAGAUCUUUCCAGGCAGGCAAACCCUGAGCUCGACGACCAGCACCUGAUCAUUCAUCGCACAGAGGUUGACAUGUUGAGCAUGACCUGUGACUUCACUUCUCUGAUUCUGUGGUUGUGCUUGAUCCCAUGAGAGUAUUUUGUAUGCUGCAUUUUAACCAUUUCAUGGACGAAAAGCUGAGAUAUUAAACUUUGAUGUGCCCAAAUCA